CUUCAUGAUUUAUCAACAAAAUACUGAUUUUGAUUUUUAGUUCAUUGACGUAAAUGUGACUUCCGGCCUCUUUACUUUACACUUCACCGAGCAAAAUGCCUCGUGUAAUUCGCGGCCAGAGAAAAGGUCGUGGAAGCGUGUUCACCGCUUCUACCCGAUUACGAAAGGGGAAGCCUAUGCAUAGACCAGUUGACUAUUCUGAAAGAAAUGGCUACAUCAAGGGUGUUGUUAAGGAAAUUCUCCACGAUUCAGGACGUGGAGCUCCAUUAGCUAGAGUUGUUUUCCGUGAUCCCCGAAGGUUCUGUCUCAGUAGCCAGCUAUUUAUUGCUGCUGAAGGCAUGUACACAGGACAAUAUAUCUAUUGUGGAAAGAAAGCCAAUCUUCAGAUUGGUAACAUUUUGCCUGUUGGCGCCAUGCCUGAAGGUACCGUUGUCUGUGCUGUAGAACAGAAACCAGGAGAUCGUGGACGAUUGGCAAAGGCAUCUGGAAAUUACGCAACCGUCGUGUCACACAACCCUGAUACAAACAAAUCCCGAGUCAAACUACCAUCCGGAUCUAAAAAAACAGUUAAUUCCAACAGCAGAGCAAUGGUCGGUAUUGUUGCUGGGGGAGGUCGAAUUGACAAACCCAUGUUAAAAGCUGGACGAGCUUAUCAUAAAUAUAAAGCCAAGAGAAACAGCUGGCCUAGAACUAGAGGUGUUGCUAUGAACCCCGUUGAACAUCCCCAUGGAGGUGGUAACCAUCAACAUAUUGGUAAACCAUCCACUGUCAGACGUGAUAUUCCACCAGGAAGAAAGGUUGGUUUGAUUGCUGCUAGAAGAACAGGAAGAUUACGAGGUUCCAGAAAACUUCAUAAAGACGAUAAAGAAUAAAUGUUAUGUCUGAUAGAAA